AUGUCUGGCAGAGGUAAAGGCGGCAAAGGGCUCGGCAAGGGCGGGGCCAAAAGACACAGAAAGAUCUUGAGAGAUAACAUCCAGGGGAUUACCAAGCCCGCCAUCCGGAGACUCGCCCGCAGAGGCGGGGUGAAGCGGAUCUCGGCGUUGAUUUAUGAAGAAGUGAGAAUCGUGCUUAAACAGUUCUUGGAGAAUGUGAUUCGUGACGCCGUCACUUACACUGAGCACGCCAAGAGAAAGACGGUGACGUCGUUGGACGUGGUGUAUGCGUUGAAGAGAUCGGGGAGAACCUUGUACGGGUUUGGUGGUUAG